ACGUCGCGCUUGUCCAAGUUGAUGCUACGUAUAUAUAUGCGCCUACGUUGUUGCGAAGCAGAUAAGUCACACGCCCGCGGAUAAGUAUCAUACGAGCCCGUUGAUUACCAAUUGACCGUCACCCUCCGUCCUCUCAGAACGGCCUGCUCUUGCUCAAAACCAACCAACCAACCGUUCAUCGUGCAGCCUCUACGACCACGAACUGUUUAGUGGCUGGCUUUUUCGAAACAUAAAGCCUCCCAUCGACGACGACGAACACCGAUCCCGUCAAAGACAUCCAUUUUCCCACAACCCUUCACUCAAACACCCGAAUUACGCAAAAACCCUACCAAAUAAGCAUGGGCCAACUCUUCUCCCGCAUGUUCUCCCGCCUCUGGGGCUCCAAAGAAGUUCGCAUCCUCAUCCUGGGACUCGACGGCGCCGGCAAAACGACCAUCCUCUACCGCUUCCAAAUCGGCGAGGUCGUCACCACGAUACCCACCGUCGGCUUCAACGUCGAAACAGUCACCUACAAAAACAUUAAGUUCCAAGUCUGGGAUCUCGGCGGGCAAACCUCCAUCCGGCCCUACUGGCGAUGCUACUACGCAAACACAGACGCAAUCAUCUACGUCGUCGACUCGCAAGAUAGAGAGCGGGUGGGGACGAGUAAAGAGGAGCUGGUGGCCAUGCUGGAGGAGGAGGAGUUGAAGGAUGCCGCGCUACUAGUGUUGGCAAACAAGCAGGAUAUGGAGGGGGCUAUGUCGCAUACGGAGGUUAGCGAGGCGCUGGGGUUGACAAGUCUGAGAAACAGGACGUGGACGAUAUACAAAUGUAGUGCAAAGACAGGGGAGGGAUUGACGGAUGCGCUGGAUUGGUUGGUCAAUGUCGUUUCGGGCGGGGCAAAGUAAUAUCUUAAGCGAUGUAGGAUGCAGCCUCUACUAGUCGCUUAGUCGCUAGAAGCCUUCAGCAAAUCCGCUUUGGUCGCAUUAGGGAGCUAGUUCUUCCUUGACCAGUCCCGCUAGACAUCGUCCGAAUUGUAACAUAUAAUCGUGCUGUAUCUCGUUGGUUGGGAGUUCUCCUUUGGCAAGGGGCAUAUGCGUUCGAAGGGCGGUUCGGGGAUGAAUGAAUGAAUACGAAAUUGAAG